ACUGAUAGUUGUCAAAUGUUUGAAAACUAAACUGUCGUUAACGAAGGUUACUUCUUGUGCAUUGUUGAUUAUUUUACAAGGAUAAAUAAUGUCUUAUCGAAAGAAACGUAUGCAGUCUACGGUUGAAUCGUCGACCAGCAAACCCACAAGGUUGAGUCGAAUCGCGCAACCAAUACGGCGGCCGUCCCUCCGGGAACGUUCUCUUGAGCGGUCGUCCUCUAUGGAUCAAAUAAAUAACGCAGCUUUUUUAUCGGCUGCAACGCGGAAUCGAAGCUCAAGUGCUACCCCAAUGCGUACUCCCAAUCGACCUAUACCUCACGCUGACAUGGGAGGCCCUUUGACCAGUGAAAAGGAACGAAUGCCACUCGACGAUAAGAAAUUUUUACAAACACAAGCAUCACGAAUUACGGAAUACCUACACGAGGUUGAAGACCUUUUAGGUAAAGAUUUCUUUUCCCGGGGAGGUUUGAAAUCGAUGUCAACAAAGCAGUUCGUGGUCAUCUUCUCGCAUUUUUUGAAAUUCAUUGCGGGAAACCGGCUUUCGAUUGGAACGGCUUAUGUUGAUGACGUAGUUUCCGUGCUCGGACAGAUCGGAUAUCCUUACACAAUAAAUAAAUCUUGGUUGAAAACACCAAAUGCCCCACAUUCCUUCAAUAAUGUGGUUAUACUUUUCGGUUGGAUGUUGGACUUCGUUCCAAGGCCCGACUUUGUUGAGGAUUUCGAAAAUGAGUACCUUGUUGUUCCUGAGGACUUACCUGACAAAGAAUUCGCUUUGAAAUUCAUGUCUUCUGCCAAAGAAGGUUUCUCACUUUGGAACAACUCGAAAAACGAAGAAUUUAACAAUUUGAAGGAGGAAACAUCGAAUAUUUUUAUUCGAAAACGGAAUCAAGGUGAAAGUUUGGAGCAAGUGCAUGCAGAAAUUAAGCAAGUCGCUAGCGAUCUGAAAGAGUUAGACCGUAGUAAAUCCAGAAGCAAGUAUAAGGAAGAAGCGUCCUCUUUUGAAAACGAGUGCAACCAACUGGAGGGUAAAGUCAGACUCAAUGAAGUAUGUGUUUCCAAAUCGGUUAAAACAUGCGAAGAUAAUGAAAAACACAUACUAAGGCUUGAAGAACAGUCCGAACAUAAGCAGGGGCAAAUAAUAGAAACGCAGCGCCGAAUCGAAUGCAUUGAAGGAACUGUCAAGACUCAAAGAAUGUCCACUGCGGAACGAGCCGAACUCAUAACCCACAUUCAGUACCUUAAGCAACUUUUGGAAUCAAAAAAGAAAACGGUAUUCGAACUGCAGGACAAAGACGCGUGCAAUCAGGUCGCGCAUUCGCGUCUGGUGAAGCAAACCAUUGAUGCUGUCGCUGCGUUCAACAACUACGUUCAGAAAAUAUUUUCAGAUCAAAGUGAUCUACUGGAUUGUGACAUUGAAGAACUUUGCCUCGAUCAAAACUCGGAAAUGUCAAUCGAGGAACAAAUUGAAAGGAUCUUACCAUUGCUUGAGAAAGCCAAGGGAUCGUCAUUCCAGCAAAUCAAAUCUUACACCCAAGAAAUAUCCGAUCUAGAGCAUGCGCUCAAAAAAGUCGUUUACGAACAUGACACCUUACUCGAGGGGCAACUAAGAAGCACUCAAAAUAAAUGCGAAGAAUACUCGAAAACCAUUGAAAAAUUGGAUGUGGAAAUCGUCAACAAGACCGCCUGCCACACGAGAGAAGCGGAGGAAUUGACACAUGCUUUGGAGAAACAAACACUACUGAACUCUAGUUUAAGGGAAAAAAUCAACUUCCAAAACGAAGAAUUGACAAGGCUGGCUAAGGAGAAUGAACUCAUGUUUGCGGAGACAACUGAGAAAAUGGAGGCGUACUUGCAGGCGAAGAAGCGAAAUGUGCAUCUUCUUGAGGAAGGAGUAAAGUAUUUGGAAGAUGCUAAUUUGAAAUUGAAGGAUAUAAGCUAAGUUCCUUAUUUUGUAAAUUCGUAAUCAUAUUGAUUCAGUUUAAUAAGUAGUAUCUACUAGAGCUAUGCGACUGCCGUGCUUAUAAGCGGGCAGCAGUUAAUAACUGGCAAAGCUGGUUAGUUUUUAACGGUUCAGCCAUAUUUAGGCUUAUUGUUUUGAUAGAUAUGUCGACAAUUCAAUUAAAAUUUAAUUCUGACUACAAGUGAUGCCAAAUCCAUCAAAAUAAUGAGAUUUUGUGCAAAACUCCUUUAGUUUUCAUUUUGGGAAUCAAGUGGCAGAAUUUUAAAUUAAAAAAAUAUAUAUAUUGCAAGCAUGUUUGAUUAAGUUACAUGAUAAUAUCUAAAACUAAUGUCCAAAUUUGUGCUACUUUCUUUUCAACAAAGGCAUGGGUGAUAGCGACUUUGUGUGAUGUAAAUUCCAAAUUAUAUAUCAAAUAAAAAAAUUUAUAAAAAUGA